UCCUGGAUUUAAAGGGGCCGCGACGCCCCAAAGGGCGUUGGGAUGUCUCGCCGGGCGAAGGAUGAGUACCAGCGGCAUUACGCCGUCACCGACACUCGGACCCACCCCAAAGGCUACACUGAGUACAAAGUGACCGCCAAGUUUGUCUCAAAAGUGAACCCCGAAGAUGUCAAGGAGAUUGUGGUCUGGAAACGGUACAGCGACUUUAAGAAGCUGCACGGAGACCUGGCGUACACCCACCGUAACCUCUUCCGACGCCUGGAGGACUUUCCUCCUUUUCCCAAAGCCCAAGUCUUUGGCCGAUUUGAGCCCAAGGUGAUAGAGGAGCGGAGGAAGGCCGCGGAGGUCAUGCUGCAUUUCACAGUGCAUAUCCCUGCUUUGAACAACAGUCCUCAGCUCAAGGAGUUCUUCCGGGGUGGGGAAGGGGAGAGGCCUUUGGAAAACUGUGCCUUGGUUUCUCUGCCUCCCCCUCUGAUCCCCGUGCCGUCAGAAGGAGUGGAGCCUGGCGAGGAUGCUCUGGUGUCUGACGUGGACCACGGACUCCUGGGCCUGGACUCUGAGCAGGAUCACAGCAGAGCUGCAGAGGCAGCAAGGAAAGACUGUGAUCGGGAGCCUCAGAAGAAGGAGGGAGGGGACCGCUCUUCACCCCAAAACUGUGAAGACGAAGCCCUGGACGCUCUCUUUGCGUAUGCUGGGGAGGAGGAGGGAGAAGAAGAGAAGGAAAUGAGCUCGCCUUCCCGCUGCCCCCUGUCGGUCCAGGAGCUGGCCCUGUUUGACCCGUUCGCUGAGGAAGCCUUGGGUGCAGCCAGCUCCUCCCCUGCUCGUGCUUCCUUGGAAGAUGCACCAGCGCAUUCUCCCCCGAGCGCAGGGAUUCUGCAACCAGCCCAGGAAGGAGCAGCCGCAUCAGACCCCGGUGCGUACCUGUCUUUGGCCACCGAGCGUAUCAAGCACGCCUUGGAGAGCGAAGCGGCUGAGGACUACGAGGGGGCUUUCCAUGGCUACCGCAGCGGUGUUGACUUGCUGCUCCAGGGCCUGCAAGGCGAUCCAGAUGCAGCCCGCAGGGAGGCUGUGAAGAAGAAGACGGCGGAAUACUUACGGAGGGCUGAGGAGAUCUGUCAGCAACACCUGAGGCAUCUGCACCUUUGAUGUGGCUUCCUAGGCACUCCCGGUGGGCACAUGCCAGCUGGGCAUCCCCUGCUGCCACCUUGAGAAGAGACCAAACUGCUCCUUCAGCAGCCACUGCCCUUAUCCUGGCAUUGACUGGCCAGAGCAGACUUGACCACUCGAUUUCCCCUUCUCUUGCCCUACUGUCAGUGGGGGAUUUCAUGUACACUGUCCAAAGACAUGUUUGUAAACCUUU